ACAACUGAUUUUCAGAGAGAGGUGAGCUCAUCUACCUGCACAAUGCCGUGUGAAGUUUUCUCCCCACUGCUGCUCCUGCUGCUGUUCGUCUCAGUGUUUGGAGCGUCUCGAGCCUGCCUGCAGGACGCUGCUUCAGCCUACAGAUUCACCGGUGCAGUAUGUCGGCUCACCCAUCCUGCAGCUGUUGUGUUGAACGAUAAAACCACUAAAGUGAUCGAGGCAGCGUUUCAGAAUGCAAGAUACCCAAGUUUGAAGAGAGAGAAAUCCCUGCUGUUUAUAGGAAGGGUCAAAUAUGGCCUUGAAAAUUUGGAGAUUCACAACCUGUCGAUUGGUCAGAGUGAGUUUGAGCUGCAUCCAGGUGAAGGUAUCAGCAUGGAAAUUAAGAAUGUGUCUGCAGUCUUCAGAGGAACCAUCCAGUAUGGAUACGGCAGCUGGCUUGUCAACGUUGGACAUUCAGUUGACUUUGAAAUUGAUUCUCAGCUCGAUCUUGGAAUCAACCCAAAACUUUACUGUGGAGAAGGGAAGGUAGCAGCGGACACAUCAGACUGUUAUUUGAACUUUCACAAGCUCCUGCUGCACCUGCAGGGGGACAAAGAACCGAACUGGCUGAAGAAGCUCUUCACUGACUUCAUCACCUUUACUGUCAAGAUGGUCAUCAAAGGACAGAUCUGUAUCGAGAUCAACAAGGUGGCAAAUAUACUGGCUGACUUCAUUCAAGACACAGCAGGGCAGUUUCUCAGUGAUGGAGCCAUCAGUAUGGAUAUUGGUGUAACUGCUGCUCCUGUCAUCACUGCAAACUACAUUGAAUCUUACCACAAGGCACUGACCAACUACAACAACAUCUCAGCUGUCAUCAACGACUCACUUUUCCACCCCAAUCAGCUGACUGAAAACAGGAUGCUUUACUUUUGGCUGUCAGACCAGGUCUGUAACCCACUGCUUAGUGCUGCCCACCAAGAUGGUCGUUUCACACUCAACAUCUCUGGAGCAGAGCUCACUGAACUUUUCAAGACAAACCUCUCCAGUGCUGUUCCUGAAUUUAUCAGAACGUGUCUGUUGGAGUCAGGUUCUCCUGAGCUACGAGUCUGGAGUUCAUCUGUUCCCUUUCUAAAUACCUCCACCUCGGGGACGACUAUCUGGGCAGAGGCCUCUGGGCAGCUCAGCUGUGGGAUGCAAGGCACACCAACACUCUUCUUUCAAACGAAUGUGGUCAUGGAUGUCACCGCUUCCUAUGCUGACAAGAGACUCUUCCUGAAGGGAAACGCGUCAGAGGUCGUUAUAGUCCGCGCUGAGCUUCUGUUACAAAAUGAGCAGCUGCUGACUGAGGCACAUCUGGAAUUUGUAAGAGAAGCAGUGGAGAAGAUAGGAAUUCCCAAGGUUCUAUCAGUUCUUGAGGUUGAACUUACCAGGCUGUUGGACAAACAGGGAACUAACCUAUUUGACAUCUUUAACCCAGAGGUGCUUCCUCGGGAUGGCUUUGUGGUGAUUCAGACAGAUUUUGGUUUCCCUCAUCACCUCCUGGUCGAGUUUCUAAAGAAGACUCUGCAGUAAUGAAAAAAAAGCUU